GUUGGUUGAGUAUAUAAUGUAACCAUAAGUAUACUUCUAAGUAGGAAAAAAGAAAUUUUCAAAUUAAAAUUCAAAUGCUACAAAAGAGUUGAAUUCUUUGGUUAAAGAAAAAGAAAAAGAGAAAAUAGUUGAAUUCUUUUUUAGUUAAGUAAAUCCGCGGUAGUAAUAAAGAGUGAAUAACAAUCACCGAUGAAAUGUCCGUAUUGCUCGGCGGCGCAAGGUCGGUGCGCCACCACGUCAACCGGCCGGUCCAUAACGGAGUGCACCUCUUGCGGACGUGUCGUCGAAGAGCGCCAAUUCCAAAACCACCACCUCUUUCACGUGCGUGCCCAAGAUACCCCUCUCUGCCUCGUCACCUCCGACAUCCCUGCUCCCGCUUCCGCUUACCAAAUCCACGAAGACGACCCCUUUGAGCCCACGGGAUUUAUUACGGCCUUUUCCACAUGGUCCCUCGAACCCAAUCCACUCUUCCUCCGCUCCUCUCUCUCCUUUUCGGGCCACCUGGCGGAGCUCGAGCGGAUUCUAGAACUCUCUUCGUCUUCAGCCCCUUCGGCAACUUCGUCUUCGACGGUUGUGGUGGAUAAUUUGAGAGCGUAUAUGCAGAUUCUUGACGUGGCGUCGAUUUUGGGGUUGGAUUGUGAUAUAUCGGAUCACGCGUUUCAGUUGUUUAGGGAUUGUUGUUCGGCUACCUGUUUGAGGAACCGGAGUGUUGAGGCGCUUGCUACUGCUGCUCUUGUUCAGGCCAUUAGGGAAGCUCAAGAGCCUCGAACCCUCCAGGAAAUCUCUAUUGCUGCCAAUGUACCACAGAAAGAGAUUGGCAAGUACAUCAAGAUCCUGGGAGAAGCUUUACAAUUAAGUCAACCUAUCAAUAGUAAUUCUAUAUCAGUUCAUAUGCCGAGAUUUUGCACUCUCCUUCAGCUCAAUAAAUCUGCACAGGAGCUGGCAACUCAUAUCGGAGAAGUUGUGAUCAACAAAUGCUUUUGCACUCGCCGAAAUCCGAUUAGUAUAUCUGCAGCUGCUAUAUAUCUGGCAUGCCAAUUAGAAGACAAACGGAAGACGCAGGCUGAGAUAUGUAAGGUGACAGGUCUCACAGAAGUCACCCUCCGAAAAGUCUACAAGGAGCUAUUAGAGAAUUGGGAUGAUCUACUUCCGUCUAAUUAUACUCCAGCUGUCCCUCCCGAGAAAGCAUUUCCUACAACUACAAUUGCCACGGGCCGAUCUUCAGUGCCUAGAGUUGAUUCAAUUGAUCUGAGUUCUACAGCGGACCGAGAUAAGCAGCAAGACUCAAAGCCAAUUAAGCCUAAUGACGUGUCAGAAGCAGGCCUUCAAGCUAGAGGCAAAGAUGAUGCAGAAAACAAUGGAAAUUCUUCUGGAACCCAUGCUGCUAUGUUGAACCGGCCACCACAUUUCAGGCAGCCCUGGCUUCAGUUUGGGGCUCCCAAUGUUAGGACAGUAGGAGAUAAAAACCAGACUACCAUUGGAGGAGACAUUAGCGAAGCACAACCAAGCUGUCCAGAGUCAGAACAGAAAGUAGAUAUGCCAAAGAUAGAUACCAAGGGUGCUAGUAGUUCCCUAAGGCCCAGCCAAUUCUCAAGCUCUCCUGCUUCAAAUGUGAGUACCAUCACUUGGCCAUUUCGUUCGCCAGCCUCAUCAGGGCCUUCGCCAAACAUGCCUAUUGUGCAUCCUCCAAAGUUGCCACCAGGUUUUGCUGAGCUUAAAGGAUCCGGGACUCAAAAUGGAAGUAAAGUUACCAAUCCGAGUGGAGAUUCCAAGUGAUAAUUUAGAACUGGUUCUGGCUUGAAUUGUUGUCGAACAUCAUAAUUAAUAACGAUACAUUUAUUCCUGUUAUAUACACCUGCUUAUACUUUCACGAGUUUUGCUGGAUUAAAAAAAACACUCGUAAUGUCACAUUGCGAUAGUUAUUUCAUGGUUUA